UUUAACACAAGUACAAAGAAAGGGAAGACAAUGGCAAGCAAGCAUGCAUAGCAAACUACCACCUACCCUAACACACACCACUACUAACCUUCCCUCGGUGUCCCCAACAACCUCCAAAAGUUUCAUCGCCCCUUGGCGGAGUUUUCCAUUUACACACACAAUAUUAAUUAAUAUUAAUAUAAAAACACACUCUCCCUCCCACUUCACAAUCUCUCAACUCAACUAAACUUUGCAGCGAACAAUGGCGUUAAGUUUGACUCACCAACCCGCCACAAAAACCGUGCUCCAAACACCCUCCUCCUUCAUCACCUCUCGCCCUCUGCCACCGCCUCAAUGCCUCCCUUCCCGGAACCCGCAGCGGCGAUCACUCGCCGUGUGUGCCUCCUCCGCCGCCGCCGUGAAGUCGGUCAAGGCGAGGCAGAUCGUGGACAGCAGGGGGAAUCCGACGGUUGAGGUGGAUCUGGUGACCGACCAGCUUUUCCGAUCGGCGGUUCCCAGUGGUGCCUCCACCGGGAUUUACGAGGCGCUUGAGCUCAGAGAUGGGGACAAGAGUGUCUAUGGCGGGAAAGGAGUUCUUCAGGCCGUUCGGAAUAUCAAUGAGGUCUUGGCCCCCAAACUUGUUGGUGUCGACGUUAGGAAUCAAGCUGAUGUGGAUGCUAUUAUGCUGGAAAUUGAUGGAACUCCUAACAAGUCAAAACUAGGGGCUAAUGCAAUACUGGGAGUUUCACUGAGUGUAUGUAGAGCUGGUGCAGGGGCAAAGGGAGUGCCAUUGUACAAGCACAUCCAGGAGAUUUCAGGAACGAAGGAACUUGUAAUGCCGGUUCCAGCUUUUAAUGUUAUAAAUGGGGGAAGUCAUGCUGGAAAUAACCUGGCUAUGCAAGAAUUCAUGAUACUACCAGUUGGAGCAACUUCAUUUGCUGAGGCUUUCCGCAUGGGCAGUGAAGUUUAUCAUGUAUUAAAGGGCAUAAUCAAGGCAAAAUAUGGACAAGAUGCAUGUAAUGUUGGAGACGAAGGAGGAUUCGCCCCCAAUGUUCAGGAUAACAGGGAGGGGCUGGUUUUACUCAUUGAUGCCAUUGAGAAGGCUGGUUAUACUGGCAAGAUUAAAAUAGGUAUGGAUGUUGCAGCUUCAGAGUUUUACACUAAGGAUAGGAAAUAUGAUUUGAACUUCAAGAAACAGCCAAAUGAUGGAGCUCAUGUUCACUCUGCUGAGAGUCUUGGUCAACUUUACCAAGACUUUGUGAAAGAAUUUCCCAUUGUAUCAAUUGAGGAUCCGUUUGAUCAAGAUGAUUGGGGAUCAUGGUCUUCUCUACUCUCUUCAGUUGAUAUUCAACUUGUGGGAGACGAUUUGCUAGUUACGAAUCCAAAGAGAAUAGCUGAAGGGAUCCAGAAGAAGGCUUGCAAUGCUUUGCUUCUAAAGGUUAACCAGAUUGGCACAGUGACUGAGUCUAUUCAGGCUGCACUUGACUCAAAGACUGCAGGUUGGGGUGUCAUGGUUAGUCAUCGGAGUGGCGAGACUGAGGAUAACUUCAUUGCUGAUCUCUCUGUGGGCUUGGCUAGCGGACAGAUAAAGACUGGUGCUCCUUGCCGGAGUGAGCGGUUGGCAAAAUAUAAUCAGCUUCUUCGGAUUGAAGAGGAACUUGGAAGUGUACGAUAUGCUGGUGAAGCUUUCAGAUCACCUUAGAGUGAAUGACUUUUGAUGUCAAACUUAUUCCUGAGGUAUAUGUGCAUCAAAAUCUAUCAUCAUUGGUUUUAUCAAGAAAACAAACGGGACCUAGGAAAAUCCAGAGUUGUGGUAUAGCUGCUAGCCUUCUGAGUUUUUCAAAAGAUCUUGAUGAGUCAGUCUUAGAAUGUGUUUUGAUCUGAAAUAAUUUCUCGGGACAAGUAACUGAUGCUUGAAGCCAUUGUUGUAAUGUGCGGAAGUAGUCAAAUUAAAUGUAACUUUAUGCAGUGACUAAGCUGCGAAGGAGUAGUUUUCAGGAACAGAUUUAUUUGAUGAGUUGGGCUUCCUGUUCCUGGUAAUAAGAUGGGAGAGGUUUAGACAUUA